UACAGAAAUAACAGUUUCUUUAUUAUUCGAGUUCAUAGCUUCUUUCUUAUUAACUUCUUAGUGUCUAACAUAAUCAUAUAAUAUUCAAUAUAAAUUUGUACAAUUCUAAUUUUCGGGUAUUGUUAACUGUUAAUUUUAUCAAGUUUAUUAACGAAGCAUUUACUUAAAAUGUUGCUAAAAGUACAUUGCUAUUUUCUAAGCUUUUUAGGGAUUAGCUAUAUCACUCAUGUUGUAUAAUUAUUAUUCCAUCUGUUUCUUAAAAUAUAGAGCAUCUAGUCAUCUAACUCAGGAAUUUAGUUGAUAAUAUUUAAUAAAAUUGAAAAUAAUUAAAAUGCUGAGAUACAGAGGAAAAAAAUUAGCACUUAAUAUUGUAAAAGAAUUGGAUUCAUUUCCUAAGGUUCAAGAAGAAAUUUAUGAACCAUCUACUUAUAGUAAUGUUAUACUGACAGUUUUGAUUUCUAUAUUUGGAUUAUGGUUAUUAAUUUCUGAAGUUCAGUAUGUUUUACAAGAACAUUAUAUAUACAGAUUUGUACCAGACACGGACUAUGAAUCUAAACUUCCAAUAAACAUAGAUAUUACAGUUGCAUCAACUUGUGACAGUAUAGGUGCUGAUAUUGUUGAUACAACGGGACAAAAUAUGAUGUUAUUUGGAGAAUUAAAAACUGAUGAUACUUGGUGGGAAAUGACAAAAGAACAGAAACAACAUUUUGAAAAAAUGCGCGAAUUCAAUGCAUAUUUAAGAGAAGAAUAUCAUUCAAUGAAAGACAUAUUAUGGAUGUUUGAUAAUUAUAAUACAUUAAAAAAUAAAAUUUCUGUUAGAACCGAAAAACCAAACACUUUACCUGAUGCGUGUCGCAUACAUGGGUCAUUAAUUCUGAAUAAAGUGAUAGGAAAUUUCCACAUAACUCCUGGGAAAUCUCUAAUAGUUCCGGGCGGCCAUGUACAUCUUACUGGUCCAUUUUUCGGAUCAGGGGCUACUAACUUUUCUCAUCGAAUCAAUCAAUUUUCAUUUGGUGUACCAACAAAAGGGAUAAUGUAUCCAUUAGAAGGAGAACUGUAUGAAACAAAUGAAAAUGCUGUAUCCUAUAAAUAUUUCAUAGAUGUGGUAGCUACAGAUGUUAAAUCACAUUCAAAUGAAAUAAAAACUUAUCAGUACUCAGCAAAAGAUAUACAAAGAAAAAUUGAUCAUAAUUCUGGGAGUCACGGUAUGCCUGGUAUAUAUUUUCAAUAUGAUAUAAAUGCACUCAAAUUUAUCAUCACAGAAAAUAGAAUUACCAUGUUUCAUUUAAUUAUUGAAAUAGCAUCAACCAUUGGGGGUUUGUUUUUAUUGUUUAAUUUUAUGAAGAUAAUAUUAGACAAGUUCACAAAAAAAGUAUAUUCCUUCUUUACAACUGAUAACAUUGUUACAAGAGAAAAGUCCUUAGAUUAUAAAUAACAAUCUAUUAUAACAUAAUAUACAACUUACUAAUAUAUUAUUAAUAAUAAUAAUAAUAAAUUGAUUUGUACUCAAAUUA